AUGUUCGGUUUUCUUUCGUCUUUGGCAGCCAUUUGCAAGGCGCUUGACGCCGUCACUUUCGCGGUCGUUAUUGGCGGAGGAGGUGUGUUCAGUGAAAAGAGGCAUGCAAUAACAACGAAUUGCUCUCUUAGCAUCACAGGGACAGCGAUGGUGGCGAGAACGGCUGCUGCUGUUACUUUUCAAUUCGAUAAUCACAAUCUGCCAUCGCUCGUCAACGCCGAAAUUUUUUUUUUUUUAGUGUAUUUUCCUUUUGGUUUUGUCUCUCUUACCAUUUAUAAGAUUUCGCACUUCCACUUUUUUAACGCCACCAAUCAUUAUCUACCUAUCUAUCUAUCUAUCUAUCUAUCUAUCUAUCUAUCUAUCUAUCUAUCUAUCUAUCUAUUUCAAUUUCAGAUAUCUACACGUACCUAUCAAAAUAUAAAUGCACCCAUAAAUUGCUAUGCAACUAUUGAGAUGUAUGUAUAUAUGACCAUCAAUCUAUCUAUCUAUCUAUCUAUCUAUCUAUCUAAAUGGUAG